GCUAAUGGAAAUCAUUAAUUAAUGUCAUUAAUUAGGUUCCGUUAAAAAAAAUGGUCCACCCCUACUUGUAUUGAUGUCAGAUUUUGAAACAUCGUUAAUCAAAGCAGUAAAACGUCAGGCAUGCAUUUUAUCUCUAUGGGAUCCGGGUUUAUGCUUUCAUUCCAUAUAAAAUUGUAGUUAACUCUUAAUAUUUUUCAUAUAGUUACCAACAACUGAGCAUAACGGAUGUUUUUUCCACUUCAAUUAGAGUCUUCAUCGACGUCUGGUUAGUGAAGGACUAGCAAUAGCGUAUCGUGAUGAAGAGAAAGUACAGGGUCUUGCUAAUAUUUGUGCGCAAAGUUCACAAUAUCGAGGAAUGGAAUAUCCAUGUGCCAACAUAGACAUGCAAGAUCGUCUUAUCUCAUUAGUAAACGCAGGAAUUCCGGAUGGGAAAAGUGAGCUGGAAUUGAAAAACAAUGGUUUUAAAUCUGGACGUGCAUAUAAAUUAAUUCAAAAGGAACAACAACAAUUAUUAAAUGUUGUAAUAAAUGAAAUCUGUUUACAUUAA